GACCAAGAAGAAAACAAAGGUGCCACAAGUUGGCCUGAGUUCUACAUUGAUCAGCUUAACUCCAUGGCUGCUAGAAAAUCAUUGAUCGCUUUGGAAAAAGAAGAUGAAGAGGAACGAAACAAAACCAUAGAGAGCUUGAAGACAGCACUAAGGACCAAACCUAUGAGGUUUGUAACCCGAUUCAUUGACCUGGAUGGCUUGUCAUGCAUUCUGAACUUCCUGAAGAGCAUGGACUAUGAGACUGCGGAAUCUCGAAUCCAUACCUCUCUCAUUGGGUGCAUCAAAGCCCUGAUGAACAACUCUCUCGGGAGAGCCCAUGUCCUGGCCCACUCAGAGAGUAUUAAUGUAAUUGCUCAGAGUCUGAGCACUGAAAACAUUAAGACCAAGGUGGCGGUGCUGGAAAUCAUGGGCGCUGUGUGCCUGGUUCCUGGGGGUCACAAAAAGGUACUAGAGGCCAUGGUGCACUACCAAAAAUACGCCAGCGAACGGACUCGCUUUCAGACAUUAAUAAAUGAUUUGGAUAGAAGUACGGGACGAUACCGGGAUGAAGUGAGCCUCAAGACAGCCAUUAUGUCUUUUAUCAAUGCUGUUCUAAGCCAAGGGGCUGGAGUGGAAAGUCUAGACUUCAGACUCCACCUUAGAUAUGAAUUCCUCAUGCUUGGAAUUCAGCCUGUAAUUGACAAAUUAAGAGAACAUGAAAAUUCCACGUUAGAUAGGCAUUUAGACUUUUUUGAAAUGCUCCGAAAUGAAGAUGAGUUGGAGUUUGCCAAAAGGUUUGAACUGGUUCAUAUAGAUACAAAAAGUGCAACCCAGAUGUUUGAGCUCACAAGAAAGAGACUGACUCAUACAGAAGCCUACCCACAUUUUAUGUCUAUACUUCACCAUUGCCUCCAAAUGCCUUAUAAGAGAAACGGCAACACUGUCCAGUACUGGUUACUGCUGGAUCGUAUUAUACAACAAAUAGUUAUUCAGAAUGAUAAAGGGCAGGACCCUGACUCAACACCCCUGGAGAACUUUAAUAUCAAAAACGUUGUCCGGAUGUUGGUUAAUGAAAAUGAAGUGAAACAAUGGAAAGAACAAGCGGAAAAAAUGAGAAAAGAACAUCAUGAGCUACAGCAGAAAUUGGAAAAAAAAGAGCGAGAGUGUGAUGCCAAGACCCAGGAGAAGGAGGAGAUGAUGCAGACCUUGAAUAAGAUGAAGGAGAAGCUUGAAAAAGAACUCUCUGAGCAUAAACAAGUGAAACAGCAAGUGGCAGACCUCACAGCACAGAUCCAUGAGCUUAGUAGGAGAGCAAUAUGUGCUCCAGUCCCUGGAGGACCUCCUCUGCCACCCGGUGCCCCUGGGGGGCCCUUACCUACAGCCUCUCUAGGAUCUCUUUUCCCAGUUCCUCCUCCACCCCCUCCCCCNNUUGGAGGCCUGACUCCAGCUCCAGGGUCUUCUUUGGGCUCAGCACUCAAAAGGAAAAACAUCCCACAGCCCACACACGCGCUCAAGUCCUUCAACUGGUCCAAGUUGCCCGAGAAUAAGCUGGAAGGCACUGUGUGGACUGGCAUUGAUGAUGCCAAGGUAUUUAAGGUGUUGGAUCUUGAAGACCUUGAGAGAACAUUCUCUGCUUACCAAAGGCAACAGGACUUCUUUGUGAACAAUAACUCCAGACAGAAAGAAGACUCCCUUGAUGACACACUGAGUUCCAGGCAUAAAGUCAAGGAGCUUUCAGUAAUAGAUGGUCGGAGAGCUCAGAACUGCAAUAUUCUGCUCUCAAGACUUAAACUAUCAAAUGAUGAAAUUAAACGUGCAAUUUUAACAAUGGAUGAACAGGAGGACCUGCCAAAGGACAUGCUUGAACAGCUUUUAAAAUUUGUUCCUGAAAAAGCUGACAUUGAUCUUCUGGAAGAACACAAGCAUGAGUUGGAUCGCAUGGCCAAGGCUGACAGAUUCCUCUUUGAAAUGAGCAGGAUAAAUCAUUACCAGCAAAGGCUGCAGUCCUUGUAUUUUAAGAAGAAGUUUGCUGAAAGAGUUGCUGAAGUUAAACCAAAAGUUGAAGCAAUUCGAACUGCUUCCGUCCAAGUGUUCCAGAGCAAAAGCCUGAAGCAACUGCUCGAAGUGGUUUUGGCAUUUGGCAACUACAUGAACAAGGGCCAGAGAGGGAAUGCUUAUGGCUUUAAAAUUUCUAGCCUGAACAAGAUUGCAGAUACCAAAUCCAGCAUUGACAAGAACAUUACCUUGUUGCACUAUCUCAUCACAAUCAUAGAAAAAAAAUAUCCCAAAGUAUUCAGUCUACAUGAAGAAUUAAAAGAUGUCCCAGAAGCUGCCAAAGUAAAUAUGACUGAACUGGACAAGGAAAUUGGCAACUUGAGGAGUGGGCUCAGGGCUGUGGAGACCGAACUGGAAUACCAAAAAUCCCAGCCUUCCAGUCCAGAAGACAAGUUUGUUUCUGUUGUUAGCCAAUUCAUCACUCUGGCCAGCUUCAGCUUCUCUGACGUAGAAGAUCUUCUGGCAGAAGCCAAAGAACUGUUUAUCAAGGCAGUGAAGCAUUUUGGAGAAGAUUCUGGCAAAACACAGCCAGAUGAGUUCUUUGGAAUCUUUGAUCAGUUCCUUCAAGCUGUAAAUGAGGCUAAACAAGAGAAUGAAAACAUGAGGAAGAGAAAGGAAGAAGAAGAGCGACGGGCACGCAUGGAAGCUCAGCUCAAGGAGCAGCGAGAGAGGGAGCGCAAGGCUAGGAAAGCAAAAGAAAACAGCGAAGAAGGUGGGGAGUUUGAUGACCUGGUCUCUGCUUUAAGGUCUGGAGAAGUCUUUGACAAAGACCUUUCUAAACUGAAGCGCAAUCGCAAACGCAUCACAAAUCAAUUGGCAGAUGGCAGUCGUGAGAGACCCAUCACAAAACUCAACUUUUGAGCAUCACCUUCACUUUUUUAGUGUGUUAGGAAAAAAAACCCUGACCAAUAAUCUGGUAAAGCCCGGUCUUCUUUGCCUUCUGCCUUGGUGGUCACACAGUGGCAUCCUCUCUCUCCCAUCCUGCAUGUGUGCGUGAGUGGAUGUUAAUGGAAGCAUGUGUGUAUAUGUGUUGUAUAUACAAAUCUAUGUGGGUGGAUGGAGACCAAAAGGGUGUGUGUGUGUGUGUGCGUGUGUGCAUGUGGACACUUGUAAGCACGCACGAUCACUACUGCUUGAACGAAUGUUCCCUUUUCUAUCAAUUAUAGUGGCAUUCCACAAGUAGCUUCUCCAUUGUAAAAGCACAAACGUUGGAGAAGGAGACUGAUAAGAGGCAGAAACACCUAGGGGGAAAUGAGGGAGGCUGAACAGUAACAUUCACUUCAGCUUAUUGGGGUCCUUGAUGCUGAGAUUGAAGGGGAAGUAGGAAGAGAAUCAUGCAGGAUGACCUUUAAGUCACCUGAGAUCUUCUUGACUUGGAUGGACCGACCUUGACUGACUCAUCACUGCUGGGACUACAGUGACAAAAAGUCCAUUAGAAACUCCUCUUGUUCAGUUUGAACUGUAUUGCUGGGAAAAGUCUAUCUUCUGUUUCUGUUAUUACUUAAAAACUUGAACAUCCCUUGUGAUUCUUGUGCUGGCUCCCUUUAUUCCGUAAUCUCUUUUUUCAUUCUUUCCCAGCAUUUUUGGACUCCUGGGGGAGCUUUUCAUUACUGUAAUAAUGCACCUAUAGAAUUAAUUUGUUUUCUUAUUGAAGACCAACGGGGAAUUGGGGAGGGGGGUGCUCUCUCUUUUUUAAAACAAUGGAUCCAAGAGCCUAUGUGUUCAUUCUGUUUUGUUUUGAUUCCCUGUGCAACAAGACAAGCUAUAUUCUCUGUAAAUGUAGGUCAGAAUUUACUCUGGGCCAGUUCCGUUUUGUAACAGUUGUCUGAUCAGCAGUGAUUCCAGAAGAGCCUUGGGGGGCUGGGGCAUGCCUGCAGAAUGUGGGCACUAUCUGGAGUCCUCCCUACAUGCCCACUCAGGUCUUCAGAGCUGGGUUUUUAGUCGACCAGUGCCAGGAGCAGACCAAGUGAAUGUAGUGCCUCCUUUUUUUUACAGGUGAGCUGAGGACUGCGGCCAUAAAAAUAAAUGUGGCUAAGCAGUGAGUUUCAUAUCAUCUCCUGAUGAUCCUAUGGCCUCGGGUUGGUUGGCAGCACACGGAGGGCUUUGUUUGUAUGGCAAGCAUUUGUAGAACUCAUUUCAAAGUUUGCCCUUUGUCACAAAGGGAACAGCUUUGGUAAAAGGCUUUGCUAAGGCCCAGAGAUGAGGAGAGAGAUUUAGGGACCAAAUGUAUAAUGCAGAGCAGCAGGAAAUGCCCCUCCCCCCAAAUGAUAUUGCUAUUCAUGUUUUUCUCGCAGAAGUGUUAAGCAGAGCUACCUAUAAAGAUGUCAGUCCAAAAUCUAAAACAAAAACAAAAAACACCAGAUUGCUCAGGGAGUAAUUAAUAAUUUAAAAACAAUAGUAAUACAAAGAAAUUGGAAAAAUGUUUUUAAAAUUCCAAUUUUUUAUAGCGUGGCUUAAUCUUAAAUUAUAGAGAAUAUCGAAGACUGUUACUUUUUACUUUUUUUCUUUUUUAUUUAUUUGUGGGGUUUCUCUUACGUAGUUUUUUUUACCAUCCUCAUAUUGUUAUCUGAAAUUGAACAGGGAUUUUUUAAUUUUAUUUUAUUUUUAUUUUUUUGUCCUUCUUGCACUAGAUAGUUAAUGCUGUUUGAAACUUUUGGGGGGUGGGGAGGGACUAGUAAAAGAUGCUAACUGGUUGGGGAAUUGGAAUAGCACUUUUCCUCAUGUGAACUGUAAAGCAAAUGUGUGGUUUUGUAUAAAAACUAGUUUGUACAAAAUACAGUUCUUGUUGCAAGGAUUCCCAGAUCCUUUUGCAAUCUGAAAGCUGUGAAGAUCACACCACAGAGAGCUGUCAGAGAGAUCUGUUUGUGCGUGUGUGUGUGUAGGCACGUGCAUGCUUUUUUUUUUCUUUUUGAAGUGUCAUUUUUCUUAACUGCAGCCUUUUUCAGUAAACCAUACACAUGGAUGGCUCAUCAAAUACCUUGUAAAACAGUAGGAAUGAGAAUGCUGAUUAUCUGAGUUCUUGCAGAGAGCAGAUGAGCAAAAACAACACUUUGCUCCAAUAGAAAGCAACCAGGUUGGUCGUAACUAUUACUUAAACUAAAGUGCCUCUCUUUUAUAUGUAUAUAUUUUAUUUAUAGAUGGAAGAAAUUAGGUUGGAUAUGAUUUGAGGGCGUUGGUGCUGAGAAAGAGCUCAGAUGGAUUGCAUUAAAAUGAAAGGUGAAUAAAGAUAAAGCCAGCAUAUUUUGAAUAUGAAAAGAGCAGAAAGGUGCUGUAACGGGCAACAUUCAGUCUUGUCCUGAAGACCUGCCCUGCAAUCCAAUAGGCAUUUAAGAAUUCAGCAGCUUUCUAUGACUAUAGAAAGAGUCUGGUUGAAAAAUGAGUACCUUUAUUUCCAUCCCCCCCCCAACCCCCAGGAUAGAUUCACACUCCCAUCAGGAAGCCAUUUGCAUGCACCUGCCCUGUGUCCCAGCAGAGACUUCUCUGCUGACCCAGGGCAUCCUGCAGCUAUGCAUUGUGCAGAUUAACACUGCUAAGCAGUGCUUUGAUUUUCCAGCGGAGCCAUCCCGAAAUACGCUACAAGCUGGAAAAGUAUUUGGAUCAUUCUUUUGUCACUUUUUCAGCAGGGAUGUUUGUGUGCAUGUAUUAUAUAUCCACACAUUCCUUUUUGGAGGGUCUCCAUCACCUUACCUUGCUUAAUCAUCCUACGGUAAGUGAGAAGGGACCAGUCAGAAGAAGAAAGUGACAUUCAGUGCAAAUUAAAGUGGAAGCCCUUAAAGAGACUGAGCAAUUUCAGGUCUAGGGCUUGAAAACUCUGUAAUACUCACUGUUGAUCUGUUCAGAACAGCCAAAAGAAACACAAAGUUUUCAUUUGGAUUCAGAAUAAAUCUGGGUUCAUUAGUCAAGCACAUCACUUGUAGAAACUCCCCCUCCCCCCCCAAAAAAGUCCUCUGGCAUUUAGUGCAUCAAGCUGAAACAGCUUGAUCUUGACUGAUUUGUAUUGUGCUGUUCGCAGUGUUAAAAAGUGUUCAAGGGGAAGUUUGUUUCUGUUUUGCAGGAUGAUUAAUGGAUCUCCCUGGGUUUCUAGCAAUCUAUACUGCACAGAUUACAAACCAAAGGAAGCAGGGCACUGGUGAAAGCUAUUCCUUGUGCUUCCAAAUCAAAUUUGAUCUGCAACAAGCCUUAUUUUGGGGGCUGUGUUUGCAAUUCUUUGUGCUUGUGUGAGAGGGUUUUUUGUUCUUGUUUGUUUUCUUAAAUAAAUGUACAGGUUAAUCCCAUGUGCCAUUUGUUGCAAAUGACAUUUUUGACUGGUGCUGGUGGAAGUAACCACUCUAUUUUCAUUAUAAUUUUCCUCUUUGCAUUGCUCCUGGGUGUGUAAUUUAAAAAAAAAAUCAUGCCAAAAAAAGAGAGAGAGAAAAAAAGUGAUAGUUUGUAAACUGAAAUAUACUAUGUAGCUUAGGGGUAGCAAACCAUGUAGUGGUUCUUAGAUACAAGGAUGUUUUUAGCUAGCAACAUAUAAUGUGUAUGUUACAAGACUGUACAUUUUUUUAAAGAAAAAAACAGCAAUAUGCAAUAAAGAGUAUACAUAAAAAA